CGCCUUAUUGGGAGGUGGCCUGAGUGUCAAGUCUUUCCGCUGAAGCCACUCCGGUCCCGGGGAGGGGAAGCCGCCAUCGUCGCCAGAGAUGAUCGAUCAGAAGCGCAAGGCGCAGGAAAUGGCGCUGGUGCCGACCAAGCGGCCGAGGAAUGAGGCGGCGCAGGGGGGCCCGCAACAGCAGCAGGCGGUGCUUCAGGCGGGUCCCCCAAGAACAUCAAGUCUUCAAGCUCCUAUAAUGCUGCUAACAGGCCAUGAGGGAGAGGUUUACUGCUGCAAGUUUCACCCAAAUGGAUCAACACUGGCAUCUGCAGGAUUUGAUCGACUCAUAUUGUUGUGGAAUGUGUAUGGAGACUGUGAUAAUUAUGCUACGUUGAAAGGUCACAGUGGAGCAGUUAUGGAAUUGCAUUACAACACAGAUGGCAGCAUGCUUUUUUCAGCAUCAACAGAUAAAACUGUAGCCGUGUGGGACAGUGAAACAGGUGAAAGAAUCAAGAGAUUGAAAGGCCACACUUCCUUUGUGAACUCAUGUUACCCGGCAAGACGAGGACCACAGUUAGUCUGUACAGGAAGUGAUGAUGGAACAGUAAAGCUAUGGGAUAUCAGGAAGAAGGCAGCUAUCCACACAUUUCAGAACACAUACCAAGUACUCGCAGCAACGUUUAAUGACACAAGUGAUCAGAUUAUCUCGGGCGGUAUUGAUAAUGACAUUAAGGUUUGGGAUCUCCGACAAAACAAGUUAAUUUAUACCAUGCGUGGUCAUACAGACUCUGUGACUGGCUUGGCUCUAAGUGGAGAUGGUUCUUACCUUCUUUCUAAUUCAAUGGACAAUACAGUGCGGGUCUGGGAUGUGCGUCCAUUUGCUCCAAAAGAGAGAUGUGUGAAAAUAUUCCAGGGGAAUGUGCACAACUUUGAAAAGAACCUCUUGAGAUGUUCAUGGUCGACUGAUGGAAGCAAAAUAGCAGCUGGAUCUGCUGACAGAUUUGUUUAUGUCUGGGAUACAACGUCACGAAGAAUCCUGUAUAAAUUGCCAGGGCAUGCAGGCUCAGUGAAUGAGGUGGCAUUUCAUCCUGAAGAACCAAUUAUCCUUUCAGCAUCCAGUGACAAAAGACUCUACAUCGGAGAGAUACAGUAAAGAGGAACAAUUUGUGCAGGGGAACUUGUCUGACUUCAACUGGCAGCUACACACAAAAUGUUCAAUUACCAGAGAAGAAAAGUACUGUUGGGGGAGAAUAUAUGUAUAAAUACUGGACAAGUGAUCCAGCCAUGAAUGGGUUUGAAACAUGUCUUUUUCUCAUGGCCUGGCAAAUGAGCCUGGUUGGUUUUGCAGGUCUGGACCAGUUUGUACAGUUCCUGCGGAGAGCAAUGUGAGUGCAGAAUCUGAAUCUACAUAGUUUGUUGUUGUAAAAUCUGGCCCACGUUCGGUUUUGUAUCAUGGCUGUACAGACAAUUUUAUAAUGUUUCUUUUUAAUAUUCAAGAGAAAUAAAUUGACAUCUCUUUUGCUUACAACUGUUACUCAAAAUGGAUGCAAAGAGAUUGAGUUGGAUAUUCCCACUUUAUUUUAA